CUUUGGUGGCACCACAAAAUUCUGAAAGAAGAAAAAAAUGAGACGUCCCGGCGGUGGACAUUACGGUGGUGCUGAUUCCGGCGCCGAUGCUACGUACAACUCCGGCCACCAAACGAUGCAACAUCAGCAUCAACAGCAACAACAGCAGCAGAUAAAGUCGGAACAUCAUCAACAAUGGAGAUGGGAACGAGAGAGCCCGAAAUUACCCACAAAUUCUAUGUCUCCCAACAUGUAUCCUGAAGGCCAGGGGAGUGAAGCAUCUAGAUCCUACUACCAGGGUCAGAGGUCUGAUCCAAGGUUGGCAGUAGAGAAUCAAGGUGGCAAGGAUCCCAGAGCACAGCCUCGUGAAGAAGACAUGGAUAUUGGUUAUGAAGAUAAACCUGUACAGCAGACUUUGGAAGGUCUUGAAAAGAAAUUCCUUGAUGAUAUAAUGAAACUGACCAAGGAGCAAAAUGAUGCAGAGGAUGCCGAAAAUUCUAGGCAUAGGGAGCGGAUAAAUGCAAUCAACACACAAUAUCAAGAACAGCUAGUUGCCCUUCGCGCCCGGCAAGCUAAUCACAGAGAUGAAGUCCUUCGAAGGGAGUCUCAUGCUAGAAAACAACAGUAUGAGCAAGUUGCUUUGGAAAACUAUCGACACAGCAACAUGAGCGCUAACAAUGCUCGUGGAUAUGUGGCAAACUCUCCAGCAGGGGAGCGACAAGUUGCCUAUAACUCUCCAGCAGGAGAACGGCAAGCAGCCUAUAAUGCUGAUAGUUAUGAUUCUUACAGGGAGAAUGCUCGAUAUCUUGGCAACAGUGGAAGGGAUCACGGAUAUGAACCUAGAGUACAAUACCCAGGCGGUCGCGUCUAUGAAACUGGUUCACGCUAUUAUUGAAUAACUGCUUAGAAUAGUAUUGAAUCUUUCUUUUAGUUUGCUUGGACUAGGUGGUCGUGUCUACAACACUGGUUCACGCUACUCGUCUUUAUAGCUUUUAUCAGAUUGGAUAAAAGAGUCACAUAUGUAUUUUACUUUUUCUGAAUGAUUCAUGAUUUUGGCAUGGACUGGUGAAGAAGUUUGAUCUGUUACUGUUCCUAAAA